AUGGUUGACGAAUUUGCAGCAGUUUCCAAGAAGAAAGAAUAUCAAUUUCGUCUCGAUGUCGAUGUUCGAAAAACGGAAAUACGACCCUUGUUUCAAACAUGUACUAAAGCAAUCUACAAAGCUGAAUGGGUCGGUAGACAAGGUCCACCAAUUGUUCUAAUUAAAAUCGAUGAUGCGAAGGCCAAUCGUGAAGCUUUGUUUUAUGUCCAACUCAGUUGUCAUCCGCAUAUUGUUCGUACAUUUGGUCUUGUUGAAAAUGACAUAAAUUCUCUUAUGCUCGUACAAGAAUAUGCAGAAAAGGGUAAUCUUGCCAAAUUGCUACGAGAAAACAAUUUCAAACCAAUUAGAAAUGUUCUCAUCGAAAUAUUUAUUCAAAUUAUUGAUGCAAUGAUUUGCAUUGCUGAUAAUAAAAUAGUUCAUGGAGCUUUGGCCUGUCGAAAUAUUCUCGUCUUCCGAUGUAACCCAAUUAUUCCAGAAGAAAACCUUGUCAAAUUGACUGAUUUUGGUCUCACUAAAGACAGCGAUAUUUUUUCUGUGACUGCUAGGUCAUCACAAACAACAAUGACGAUUAUUCCUGUCAGGUACGCUGCACCAGAAAUACUUCAAACAAAUGGCGAUAGAAUGUUUUAUUCAGAAAAAUCCGAUGUGUAUUCUAUGGGUGUGUUAAUGUGGGAAGCGUGUUCCUAUGGAACACUUCCUUUUGCCUCAUUGCGUGAUGAUAGUGAUGUAUAUCGCUGCAAAUUGCGUGGCAAUCAAUUAUCUCGACCGGCGAUCUGUGACGAAGAUCUUUGGUCGGCUAUCGUCCAUUGUUGGAAAGUAGAAUCAUCUGAACGACCAACAUUCAAAGAAUUAAGACGUAAAAUAAUGUAUUUAACUCAUGGAUCAGAUUUGUUAGCAUCCAAACCCAUUUUAGAGAUCGGAAAGAUACCUCAAGUUCAACAGAUGUCUACUCUUUCGUCUAAAAAACGAUCACCAUCAGUUAAAUUCGAAGCCCAUGAAGACAAAAUACCUUGUGAAUAUUGUAAUGAACUUGUAAACUUUGAUAAAUAUAUCAUGCAUACACAAUUAUGUGCUGAUCAAGAACAACCGCGAGUCGUCAGCGAAGACCGAUCAGUUCUAUCAAUACAAAUAACAACAUCAGAAACACAAGUGGCUAUUGCUUCGGAAUGCAAACGAGGCAACAUCGAGAUUACAGUUUGUCAUUUCAAGCAUACUGUUAAGAAUUUGUCAUCACCUACGAUUUAUCGAAUAGUAACGAGAAGUUCGCUUCCCAUAUUCAAAGCAGUCCAAUUUGGAGUAAAUCGUCGUUUUAGUGAUUUUCUUGGAGUACAUGGCAAGCUGAUCGUCAAAUAUCUUCCUGAAGGCAUAAUCAUUCCAGCCUUACCUGAAAAUGAUUCAAGCAGUGUACCGAAAGAUAUUAUUGAGCGACGGCGAGCUCAGCUUGAACGUUACUUGAAUCGUCUCGCUCGAAAUAAGACACUCGUUUGUGAUUCCGAUUUUUUGAUGUUCAUCGAACUACCUGAAGAACUACCAAAGAUGACAAAUAAUCUUUGGCGAAAUCUCCUGUCUAUGUCGAUAAUAAAAACACAAAAAGGCGACUGGUUCGAUGAAAAACAGAAGUACAUUAUUGAUCUACAAGCUGAUCUGAGGAUGUUAAAGUUUCACUUCGAUUAUUUAUACAAGAUGCGAAAAGAGUCAAGUGUAAGACUUGACGAACUUACCAUGCAACUGAGUAUUUUAGCUACAUGUGAAGAUCAUUCACAUCUUAGUUCAAGUUUCAUCGAACUGGCCAAUGUUCAAGAGAAACUCGGUCAGAUCAAUUCCGAUCUUACUCAACAAGAGUUUUUAUUAAUGAAUGAGCUACUAAAUGAGUAUCUCUUACAUCUCGAUAUGGCGAAGUGUGCCUUCAAUGAACGGGCAAAACUCCAUAAAUCCUGGUUACUUAAUACAGAAAUGCUUCAAAAGAAACUCCUUGAAAAGGAAUCUCGUGCUGAAAUAGAAGUGAAUAAUUUGCAAGAAAAGGUUAUACAUGACAUGGAGAAUUUCGAACGAAUUUCAGUGAGACUCAAGCAAGAAUUUGAAAUGUUCGAAGAAAAUCGAAUGGAAGAAUUUAAGACUAAUAUUAAUACAUAUAUAAAACAAAUGUUGGAGCAACAAGAGAAAGUCCUCAAAAUCUGGGAAGCCUAUUUACCAAUAUCAAACAGUUUUACUCUGACUGCCUGA